AUGGCAUUGGCUUUGCCGAUGCCGGUGGGGUGGAAUUGCGAAACACGCGUGAUCCCUCCGCCGCGCACCUGUAGCAAGUGCCAAAAACUCGACCGCAACGGCGACUGCAUCAUCAACGGGUGCAUCUUACGGAGUUUCACAACCAGCCCUGAUGAUAUACCAUUCAACUCGGAUGGCUUAAGGACUCCUGAUGUGCAGGGUGCCGGCUACGUUCUCAGCCGCACAGCGGUUAAAAAAUUCGUCGAAGAAGCACUUCCCGGCUCUAAGAAAUGCAGAGAUACUGAUGACACGAGCGCUGAAGACGUCGAAAUUGGUAAAUGCCUGACCAGAGUUGGUGUCCUAGCCGGGGACUCUCGAGACGAGCGCGGCAGAGGUCGCUUCUUCCCAUAUCCUCCGUCCCAUCACCUCGUGCCGGGUCCUUUAAAGAAGCAGAAGUGGUAUUGGGACUAUACUUACUACCCAGCUCAAAUGAACAAAGAAGAGUCGUUGCUCUCCGAUUGA